AUGGUCUCUGCAGCAGAGACCCCGAACUGGUUGUCAUCCACCGGCCUGACUGAGGAGCAGAAGGAAUUCCAAAAAGUUGCCCUUGAUUUUGCUGCCAAGGAGAUGGCUCCUCACAUGGCUGAGUGGGAUGAAAAGGAAAUAUUCCCUGUGGAAACAAUGCGGAAGGCAGCCCAGCUAGGAUUUGGUGGAAUCUAUGUGAAACCAGAUGUUGGUGGCUCUGGAUUGUCACGACUUGAUACCUCCAUAAUCUUUGAAGCUUUAUCAACGGGAUGUACCAGCACCACUGCUUAUAUGAGCAUCCACAACAUGUGCGUUUGGAUGAUCGACACCUUUGGCAACGAGGAACAGAGGCGCAGGUUCUGCCCAUCACUCUGUAGCAUGGAAAAAUUUGCUUCUUACUGCCUGACUGAGCCAGGGAGUGGAAGUGAUGCAGCUUCCCUGCUGACCUCAGCUCAGAGGAAAGGGGACACCUACGUCCUGAAUGGCUCCAAGGCCUUCAUCAGUGGGGGAGGUGACACCGAUGUGUACGUGGUCAUGUGUCGCACAGGGGGCCCAGGCCCCAAGGGCAUCUCUUGCCUGGUACUGGAGAAGGGGACACCAGGACUCAGCUUUGGCAAGAAAGAGAAGAAGGUGGGUUGGAAUUCCCAGCCAACUCGAGCUGUGAUCUUCGAGGACUGCGUUGUUCCUGUUGGGAACCGGCUGGGAGCUGAAGGGCAGGGCUUCAGCAUUGCCAUGAAGGGACUGAAUGGAGGCAGGAUAAAUAUUGCUUCAUGUUCUUUAGGAGCUGCUCAUGCCUCUGUUCUUCUGGCUCAGGAACAUCUCACUGUCCGCAAACAGUUUGGAGAACCCCUAGCAAACAAUCAGUACCUGCAGUUCAGGCUGGCGGAGAUGGCGACGCGCCUGGUGGCAGCACGGCUCAUGGUUCGCAAUGCAGCAUGGGCACUGCAGGAGGGACGGGAGGAUGCGGCUGUGCUGUGCUCCAUGGCCAAGCUCUUUGCUACUGAUGAAUGCUUUGCGAUCUGUAACCAGGCUCUACAGAUGCAUGGGGGCUACGGCUAUCUGAAGGAUUAUGCUGUGCAGCAGUUUGUGCGAGACAUCAGAGUCCACCAGAUCCUGGAAGGUACCAAUGAGGUGAUGCGGAUGAUCGUGGCCAGGAACCUGCUACAGGGCUGAAGCCAGAAGCUAAUCUC